AUGAAAGAAAAGGCUGAUAAAUUAGACCAACUUCUUGAUAAUCAAAACCAAAUAAUAAAAUCAUGUCAAUCUUGUAAAGAACAUGAAAUAACUAUAAGUAGAUUACAACAAACAUUAAUAAAACUUAAUGAACAAUAUGAUAUCAUUAAAUCACAAUAUCAACGAUUAUUAUCAAGACAAUAUACGUCUAUAGGAAUUUCAGAACCUAAAUAUGAUAUUUUAACACCACAUCGUCAGUAUUUCUUAUCAACUCGAUUAAAUAAUAAUCGAAAUUUUAAAAAUGAAGCACCAGAUAAUUGUUUGUCUCAAUUUAACUUAUCAACGCUUGGCUCAUGUGAUAUUGUUAUGCAACAACAAAAUUCUCCAAUGCCAAUAAUUCGAUCACCUAUUCAACAAUAUCAAACAACAGACAAGUAUAGUUAUACAAAAAAAUGA